AUGGAAGAAGCACGGUCAAACGUUUGUGAUUGUUUGCUGGAAGGCAUCCGUAGAAUGUACAAAACGCAGCGGUUUACGGAUGUCGUCAUCCAUGUGGAAGACCAGUCUUUCCCGUGUCACCGAGUGGUCCUGUCAUCUGUAUCUUCCUACUUUGACGUCAUGUUCUCCUCUGGGAUGAUGGAGUCCAACUCCAUGUCCACAACUAUUCAAAACGUUAGCUCUCAGACAUUCGAUGAAGUCCUGCAGUACAUCUAUUUUGGAAAAGACAUCAUAGAACCAGACAAUGUCGGGGAACUUCUGCAGGUUUCCGCUAUGCUCCAGAUUGCGCAUUUACAGUUUGAGUGUGAAGAGUUCAUCCUGGGUAACGUCGACGUCAACAACUGUUUGGGGGUCUGGAAACUAGGGAUAUCACAUAACAUUGAGUCACUAACAGAAAGUAGUCAACCCUUUCUCCUAUCCAAUUUCGACGAAAUAAGUAAAAGUGACGACUUUUUAAAGCUUGAAAAGGACGAAUUGGACCUCAUAUUACGCGACGAACGUCUUAUCUCAUCUGGAGAAGAGAUUGUUUGCAAGGCUCUUUUUCGUUGGAUAGAAGCGGACGAAAGUCGUCGAAAAGUUGCUUUGCCAGAUCUCUUUGAAAACAUUCGACUUACUUCAGUCAGUCUUGAAUACUUGUUGGAUCACCUAGAUCAACAUCCGUAUAUUCUUGAACAUGAAAGUUGUCAUAAGGAAGUCAAAAAUGCAAUCAAGUACCACGCCUUGCCUUCCCGGCGCCAGGAGCUGAUGUGGGAUGAGAAACCGUACAGAUACAACGCUGAGCAAGAAAUGGUUCUAGCGGUUGUAGGGAAACGCCUUGCCAGCGAUGGUUUGAUCAUUACAGAGUUCAUGGGAUACAGCUUUUCAAACAAAAGGUGGGUUGCACUUCAACCGAUCCAUACCCCACUUGGAGACGACUUUGCAGUUUGUUCUUAUGGUAACGACAUAUUCAUAACCGGUGGAACUUCGAAUAUGACCUCUUGCUUGAGAUAUUCCGCCAAAUUUUCACAAUGGUGGAAGCGCUCGCCGAUGUGCUGCGGCAGAUAUAGACACUCAAUGGUGGCAGUGCGAGACUCGCUUUAUGUACUUGGUGGCUACAACUUCGGGACUUUAAGUAGCAUCGAACGAUAUGACAUGGAGACCGAGAAAUGGGAAUUGGUUGGAAAACUCAAUUACGGGGUUGAUAAAUGCUCCGCGGCAGUCAUGAGCGAGAAAAUCUUUAUUUUAGGAAGUUGUUUAAAUUUUGCAGCGAAAACAGCCGGGAUACAGUGUUUCGACACUAGGACUGGCACGUGUACAUUAAUUGCAAACCUCCCCAGGUCCCCUAAAUUCACCAAUGCUGUAAAAUUUGACGACACCGUCCAUGUCGUCUGCGAUAAUGGGGAUAUAAUAUCUUUCAGUAGUAAGGAGGAACGUCACACACUGCGAAAUAUCACGGGCUUUUCCAAAAGGGACUUUGGACUUUUCAUGGACCACGGAUCACUGUGCAUUGUUGGUGGGAACCUGAACGUGCUUUCCGAAAAGGAAGAACUUUGUUGUGACGUGAUAAAGGUCGAAGGUGAGGAACAACAUUUAUGCGAGCACCUCGAACUACCGUUUCCAAUGAAAGUCACCCAAUGCUUACGUAUUGUUGUUGAAAGGAAAUAUCCACUCUUGGAUAUUCAUUCUUUAAUACGAGACUUCGGGAACAUUGAAUGAUUCUGCUGAUCACUUUGCUUCAAACAAACCUGUGGUCAUAGUCCUAUUGCACGUACGAGAUCGCCGUGUUGUUACAGCUAAUUAUAUAUGCAUGUCAAAGGUCAAUCGGGGAUAGCCGUGUUAACGUUAACAACAAUGGAUGCCUGCGUUAUUCUUGAAGUACACCGCGGAUCUUUUUGAUUGGCAUUUUUUUUUAAUUUUGGUAUAUGAUAUAUAGAUAUAUCUUUAAACAAAAUGGAUACUGGCGAUCAGACUUGUAAUCUGGAUGAUUUCUCUCAUUGGAAAAUAAAGGCGUUGCGUUCAUUUCUGAG